ACCGGCAUCACGGGUGGCGUCAUCAGCCCGCGACCACCACGUGGAGUCGGGCCACAUCAUCAGCUGUUUGCAAACUCGCGUCGUCGCACAACGUGCGGUGAGCGAUGGCUGCGUGGACUGUAAACAGUCACAGCUGUCCCUUACAUUAAAAUAACAAUACAGCAUCAUCAACAACAACAAGCAUAGCUGUACGAGCAAAACAGUCUAAGCUUCGGGGCGACCAACAAACCAUGCUGCUGGAGCUUAUAGCGGGCAGCGAGCGAAGUGAAUUCGUGCUCAUAGUCGAUUCCCUGGCGCAGCCGGGCAGAGCCCUGCUGAAGAGCCUCAUGAGAGGCGCUGCACUGCGGGGGGAGACCGUUCACGUGUUCCACUGGGAGAUGUCACGCGCUGCCAUCAGCGCCGGCCUGGUGCCCGACAUCGCGUCCCGGCUCGUCCACCACGACUGCUUCUCCGACCCGCUGGGCUGGACGGGUUCUGACGCCCUCAUUCCGGAGACGCCGAAAGCACCGAAUUUUCCGCACGCCCACGGCGUCGUCGACCUUCGGGCGGCCGUUGGGGGGGCGUCCGGGCCGGACCGGGGGCCGCUGUGCGUGGUUCUGGACUCGCUGUCUCCGUUGCUGCUCCACGCCGGGUGGCCCCGUGUCUUGUCACGCCUCCGAGCCCUCGCCGAUCGGCGGCACGAUGACGGUGUGCAGGUGCGGCAGGUGGUGGCGCUGCUCCAUGGGGACGCGCACGCGGAGGGCUCGACGGCGGAUGCGGUGCGCCACGCCGCAAGCACCGUGCUCACGCUCACCCCCGCUCCACCCCGGGCGUUUCCGCACGCGCCCGGGUCGGGGUCAACGUCGGGGUCGGGUCAGGCGGCCCCGCGGUCCUGUUUCGAUGUCAGCGUCCUGCACAAGCGAAGGAGUGGCAAGGUCGUUCGCCUGGAGGAGCGCAUGGCGGUGAUCGACGGGUUCGAGUCCCGCUUGAUAACGGAUGGUGCCAGGUCCGGUGGAGCAACCACCGCUAAUUCUGGCGAGGCACCUGUGUGUGACCCGACUGCCGAGCUGACCUUUAACCUCCGGCUCACGGAGGACGAGCGGAAGGCGCGGGGCCGUGUAGCCCUGCCGUACCAGUUCUCCGCCCAGCAGAAGCAGGAUCUGCUGACCCCGGGGGGCAGCGCGACUCCGACCCAAAUAGGGGGUGGCCGCAUCUUCUAUUGCCCCGACGAUGCCGACGACGUCGAUGACGAGGAUCCGGACGAUGACCUGGACAUUUGAGCGCCGAGCGGGGCAGGAGGGGCGGAUGAUGAUGAUGAGCGGGUGAGCGAGCGAGCGAUGUAAACGAGAGUUCAGCUUGUCAGCCAUUGACUUCCAAUGUAUUGGACGUGCCGAAGGUGGCGGAGUAACUCUUCGAUGUGUUUCCGGAUUGUACUGCGGGUUGUUUGGCAUGAUGUCCGAUGUUUUGCUCGAACAAUGGAAGGGGACAUUCUUGUUUAGGAAAUGAAGUUCGAGCUCAACCUUUUUGAAGAAGCUCCCAGGUCCCAUCACAUGGAGUGAAACGUCGGACUUCGGGCCGAACAAGUCGCGCUGCAUCUGAAAAACACAUCGGCACAACUGUGAAAACCUACGGCAGUGGUGGCUCUAGCUCAGGCAGAUUAAAAUUGGUCGUGUCAGGGCCACUGAGCUGCCACCCCUGAGAAUCCAGGUUUUUAGCCACCGGUGGUUUUAAUUGAGAUUUCAAGUGUGGCGAGUUGAUGAUGAUAUCCGCAAUAAGCCACCAAGAUAAAUUCAUUUUUCACAUAAUUUGGGCAAAAUUACAUCUCUGUGAAUUUAUAAAAUAUAGCGGGCACUUGACAAGGUACAGUGCCCCGAGUGUGGAUGGGAGGCAUUUAAAGGGUGCAAGAGUAGUUAUGUAACCACGUCUUUGAAAAACCGUUCUCUAACGUAGGAGGAGGCUACGCUGCUCUCUGCGAGUUACAAAUGGGAAUGCCUUUGUCCCGUGUGAUGAUGCCGAGAGCACAAACGGUGUUUGUCAGAUGGCAAUCAAUACUGAAAAAAAUGAAUGCUCUUUGAGUUUAUUCUU